UGAGCACAUACAUCAUUGAGGGCCGUAAGUUCAGUCUAAAAGCUUAAACGAAAAAUGCCAAAAGCAAAAGAGGCAUAAAUCAUGCCAAAUCACUCUCAAAUUACUUUGCGAGUUGUGAAGCGACACCAUCGCAGGGCACAUAAAAUGUCAACCUCCCAUCGGCAUCGCGCACAGUGCGUACAUUGCUCCAGCGGCCUUGAACGUGUUACAAAUUUCCCUGCAAGCCGGGCGUCCAAAAUUCGCCGAACGAAAACCAACCACCGACCGACCGACCCACCGCAGAACAAUGAUGAUCCGUUGCCCUCUUGAAUUAGCUACUUGAUUCAACCGACCGAAAAAAAAACUCAUCUCUGACGGGCAAAUAAGUCGCACAUCGUGCGCGUGGGAGCUUUGGGCAGAAUCGACCCGAGCAAGAAGGCUCUCGUCUUCGGCAGCCACCAACCACCACCCUCUGGGGGGCCCCGGGGGUCUUGGGCACUAAGUAGACUCCAACUCGCGGCAAGUCGCAGUAAGUUAGUCAGUCAGUGGGGUGUUAAUGUAUAAAUCCCUCCGCCGGGCCGGGGUGCAUGUUCAUUUGAUCUGCUAAUCUCGUCGGGGAUGCUUGUUUUAUGCUGCUCGUUUCGGUAGUUCGCGAAUCGCUCAGGGGUCCGAAGUUACGCCGCUGGAACGGGAGCAGCUCGCCAAUCGAUCAAUCAAUCAAUCUACGCGGUUCGAUCGGUCAUCACAGGGGCUGAACUUUGCAAGUGUGUUCAUUGUGAGGGUGAAUUACUACCACGUGGUGAGGGCGAAGCAUCCGCUGUGGUUGCGGUUGAAAGAAGUGUGUUCGGAACGUUUGUGAAGUGCAUCUGCAGAAGAUGAAAUUUGUGCAAAUGAGAUGCUGAUUAAAUCGCACCCCACUUAGCCAGAUAAUCAUAAUCGUUGGAAGCAGAAGUGCAGCACAAAAGCAUAAUCGUGCGAGACGGGAACUGAACACAAAACUGCAUCGCAGAAAAGGUGAAGAAGGCCGCCGAACAGCAGCGAAAAUUACGAGCAGUGCGUUGAAGAUCGACGAGUAUCGACUUGAAGGGGCUCUCGGAUACUUAGGUGUGGUUGAAGUUUAUUUGUUACAUAAAGUUAUACGAAAGUCGGCACAUGAGGAACAGAAGUGGGUUUACACAAAACGAAUAGGAUAGGUAACACAAAAAAAAAGUUCGUUGUGAAUUGGAAUCGUGGCGUCAGAGAAUCAGUUACCCACUUCCUGAAAACUGCAGCAGUGAGCCGAAUUAGUUAAAUCGUUGAUGAUACAGUCAGUGCUUUCGGAGCGGAUCAAAGUGGUAUUAAGUAACUGUUGUGCACCCCGAAGAAGCAAAUUAAAUUGUGAAAACAUUUGAAUCAUUGUCGUCAUCUAGGAGAGCUACCACCCAGAAGUGAGUAAGGAAUUCAAGCCGGAAAAAAGUGGACAACGAAGUGGAACUCCACGUGACCGUGUCCGCCAGAAGGGAUUGAACGUCGCCCCAGCAUUGCCGUCAUGUGGAAGUACAUUGUCAUCGUAUCGGUGUUUGGAGUAUACCUGCUUAGGAACCAUCAAAUAAAUGGGCAAGUGUUUGGUUACGAACCGGACGUGGACUACCCGGCAUACGACAGGAUUCCCUCCGGCUUGACAUUCCGCUGCUCGGACAAGGUGCCCGGCUACUACGCAGACGUCGACACACGGUGCCAAAUCUGGCACUGGUGCCUCCCGAACGGCUACAUGUUCUCCUUCCUGUGCCCCAAUGGAACCGUUUUCAAUCAAGCUCAUCGAGUAUGCGACUGGUGGACCAACGUCAACUGUGGGGAUUCGUUAGGGCUGUACGACAACAACAACGAACUGUACCGGGACGUGGAAGGAAACCUGAUAGCUGGAUAACGACAGAAUUCUGUGGUUGUUGUGCUUUCCUAUAAUUUAUUGUUGUUAAGUUUUAACCGUACCUAUUUAGAGUGUAUGUAGAGACGUUCUGACUUUGAUCGAUGACAAAUGUACGAUAUGCUAUAGCUUAAUAUAGCUUAUAAGACUUAAACGACACAACGAGCUAGUGUGCAAUUUAUCAAACUUCUAAGCGUGAUCCAACUUAUCAAAUAUUGAGAUUUUUCUUUUAGUUGAUUUUUAUUUCGAGUGUUUUUUUUUUAUUUUGUAAAUAUAAAUUAAUAAAACCAUAAACAUGUAGUUUUUAUU